AUGGAUACGGCGCGUGCUGUACCAGGUCGUCAAGGUCUAGGACCUGCUAAAAGCAUUGCUGAGAUGGGUUUACCUCCUCGGGAAACUGGAAUUCUGAGAGAAUGGAGAAAGGAUGAGAGGGGGAAUCAAUGGGCCAAGCACGGAGCGAUAGGAAAUACCUGGAGAUUUUGUUGUUGUUUCUUCACUGUGACCCUUAUAAUCUUCGUCAGCGUAGUUCUUGCCAUAGCAUUGUAUGUUCGACCACCAAGUGUAGCAUUGAAUGAUAUAAACCUCGGCUCAUCACCUGUCUCUCUCACUUCCGAUGGACUCUCUGUCAGUUUCUCAUUAAGCAUCAGCGUGGCAAACCCAAAUUGGUUCAGUGUCAAUUUCAAACAAAUCCAAGCUGUGGCCCAUUAUCCAGGGUCGGAUAAAACUUCUUUAGGAGGAGGUACAUUGAAUAAUGUAGACUUUAAAGGUUAUACCGAUUCGACAUUUGAUUUCCCAUUUACUUUCAACUACUCUUUAGCUCUGGAUCCGAAUAAAGUUAUUCUGAAUGAUCUCAUAAGCAAAUGCGGAGUUACAGGAGGCACAACAUCUGACAUCACUAUCGACUAUGAUCUCCACAUGAAACUCUCAGUGUUGGGGAUCAACGUUCAUCCGACCAUAAGUAGUAGCGCCACGUUCGAUUGUCCCAUCUCGGCCGAUGAGAUAGAAAAAAUCGCGGGAGGAAGUUUACGAUGA